ACUAGGACAUGCGCUCGAGCUGGAGCGCCAACGCCGGCGGUCCGUGCAGAUUCAAACCAAGUCCCUCCCCACCGGCUGAUAAGUCAACGCGGGCCGAACACUUCCAGACGGGGCACACUUCGUUUGACCGCGGAUUGCCGACGACCAUGUUCCCAUUUUAGCACCGCCACUUCGCUCUGCUGCGGUCUCACAACGUAAACGGGAUAUGGAGAGAACCAAGCGACACAGAGAUUCUCCGGCGACAUACACUUACCUCUUCUCACCGACGAGCCCGCAGCAGGGCAACAAAUCACCCCAGGCCCUACUGGCCACCAAGGACGAGACCGGACGCUUCUGCUGCGUCUGCUGCAGCAACGCCUUUGACUCCGAGCGCGACCUGGUGGUCCACCAGCGCUGGCACACGGGCGAACGGCCCUUCCAGUGCUCCAAGUGCUUCGACUCCUUCGCGUCCGUGUCGGCACUAGUCCUCCAUCGGGGCAGCGUUCACGACCGGCGCUCCAUGUUCCGGUGCACCUUCUGCGGACGCGCAUUCACCGAGGGCUCGGCCUACUCCAAGCACCUGAGCCGGCACCGAAAGGCCGGAGCGCGCUUCCAGUGCUCCUGCCUGCGGAUGUUCCGCAGCGAGUCGGAACUCAAGAAGCACCUGGACGUGCAUGACAGCGGGACGGGCCAUGGCUGCCCCCUGUGCAGGAGGCUGUACGAGACGCCGCUGGCACUCGGGGCGCACGUGACCAAGCACAAGACGCACACCUCCCCCAAGGCCAAGGAGAACGAGUGAGCCGCUGCGGCAUCGAGCCGCCAUUGACCACAAUGCUUUUCAAUAAACAGGGCUUGGAUCUGA